CAGACUCUAUUAAUUAAUAAAUAAUAAAUAAGAAUAAUUAUAAUAUCCACCAUUACAGACGAUCAGUUGUUCUUCAUAUCCCCACCACCGCUCUCUCAUAUCAUAUCCCCAUUUUUGCGCCACUCACGAAACCCUCCUCCAAUUGGGCGGGAAAACUUCAAAACUCCCGAAUUUGUUAAGUUCCCUCCAACCCUAACUCUAUAAAUAUCGCAUUUUGCUUUUGCUACUGCAGACAGCGGCGGCGUGAUAGACGUAAGGGUAAGAGUAAAAGAGGCCAAAAUGUAUGUGGUGAAGAGGGAUGGGAGGCACGAACCAGUUCACUUCGACAAGAUCACUGCCAGAUUGAAGAAGCUGAGUUACGGGCUUAGUAGCGACCACUGCGAUCCCGUUUUGGUGUCCCAGAAAGUUUGUGCAGGCGUCUACAAAGGGGUCACCACCAGUCAACUCGAUGAAUUGGCCGCUGAAACCGCCGCUGCUAUGACGGCCAGCCACCCCGAUUAUGCUUCUUUGGCUGCCAGGAUUGCUGUUUCAAAUCUUCAUAAGAACACCAAGAAGUCUUUCUCUGAAACGAUAAAAGACAUGUAUGGCCAUGUCAGCGAAAGGUCUGGACUUAAGGCUCCCUUGAUUUCAGAUGAAAUUUAUGAAAUUAUAAUGAAGAAUUCAACUCGUCUUGAUAGCGAAAUCAUAUAUGACAGAGACUUUGACUACGACUAUUUUGGGUUCAAAACUCUAGAAAGAUCAUAUUUAUUGAAACUUAAUGGGAAGGUUGUCGAAAGGCCUCAGCAUAUGCUUAUGAGGGUUGCUGUUGGCAUCCAUAAAGAUGACAUUGAAUCAGCAAUAAGUACAUAUCAUCUACUGUCCCAGCGCUGGUUUACUCAUGCGUCUCCCACACUUUUUAAUGCUGGGACACCGAGACCACAACUUAGCAGCUGUUUCUUGAUAUGCAUGAAAGAUGAUAGCAUUGAGGGUAUAUAUGAUACGUUGAAGGAGUGUGCUGUUAUCAGCAAAUCAGCAGGAGGAAUUGGUGUUUCGGUGCAUAACAUCCGUGCUACAGGAAGUUAUAUACGUGGAACAAAUGGAACAUCAAAUGGCAUUGUCCCAAUGCUUCGUGUGUUCAAUGACACUGCGCGUUAUGUUGAUCAGGGAGGUGGCAAGAGAAAAGGCGCUUUUGCUGUAUAUCUUGAGCCGUGGCAUGCCGAUAUCUUUGAUUUUCUUGAUCUGAAGAAAAAUCAUGGAAAGGAGGAGCAUCGUGCAAGGGAUUUGUUUUAUGGUCUGUGGAUACCUGAUCUGUUUAUGCAAAGGGUUCAAUCUAAUGGGCAAUGGUCAUUGUUCUGUCCCAAUGAGGCUCCCGGACUUGCUGAUUGCUGGGGAAAGGAAUUUGAAGCUUUGUAUGCUCGGUAUGAAAAAGAGGGUCGGGCUAAGAAAGUUGUACAGGCACAAAAUCUGUGGUUUGAAAUUUUGAAGUCCCAAAUUGAAACUGGAACGCCUUAUAUGAUGUACAAGGACAGUUGCAACCGGAAAAGCAACCAGCAAAAUCUUGGGACCAUAAAAUCUUCAAACUUAUGUACUGAGAUAGUUGAGUACACAAGUCCUAGCGAGUCUGCUGUCUGCAAUUUAGCUUCCAUUGCAUUGCCACGAUAUGUUAGAGAAAAGGGUGUCCAGAUGGAAUCACAGCCCACCAAACUUGUUGGUAGCAUUGGCUCCCAAAAUCGAUAUUUUGACUUCGACAAAUUGGCUGAGGUCACAACAAUUGUUGCAAAAAACCUUAACAAGAUCAUCGAUGUUAAUUACUAUCCAGUUGAGACUGCAAAAGCAUCUAAUUUGCGCCACAGGCCAAUUGGAAUUGGAGUGCAGGGUCUUGCAGACACUUUUAUCUUGCUUGGCAUGGCUUUUGAUUCUCCUGAGGCCCAACAAUUGAACAAGGAUAUAUUUGAAACCAUAUAUUAUCAUGCACUAAAGGCGUCAUGCGAACUAGCAGAGAAAGAAGGUCCCUAUGAAACGUAUGCUGGCUCUCCUGUUAGCAAGGGUAUCCUUCAGCCAGAUAUGUGGGAAGUGAAGCCUUCUGAUCGAUGGGAUUGGGAUGCUCUUCGGGCCAAGAUAGCUGAAAAAGGAGUGAGAAAUUCACUUCUUGUGGCACCCAUGCCAACUGCUUCAACAAGCCAGAUUCUUGGAAACAAUGAGUGCUUUGAACCGUACACAUCCAAUAUCUACAACCGCCGAGUUCUAAGUGGCGAGUUUGUGGUGGUUAACAAGCAUCUGCUUCACGAUUUGACGGAGAUGCGCCUUUGGACUCCUGCCGUUAAGAACAGGAUAAUUUAUGACAAUGGAUCAGUCCAAAAGGUCCCUGAGAUUCCUGAAGAACUCAAAGGAAUCUACAAGACGGUUUGGGAGAUCAAACAACGGGUGUUGGUGGAUAUGGCUGCUGAUCGAGGGUGUUACAUUGAUCAGAGCCAGAGCCUGAAUAUCCACAUGGAUCAAGCUAGUUUUGCAAAGCUAACGUCGCUGCAUUUCAUGGGAUGGUCGAAGGGAUUGAAGACUGGAAUGUAUUAUCUCAGAACACGUGCUGCAGCAGAUGCAAUCAAGUUCACAGUUGAUACGACAAUUAUAAAUAAUAAUAGUAAUAAUAAGAAUUUGCAGGAGAAGAAGGAUGAAGAUGAUGACAAGUCAAAGAUGGCACAGAUAGUUUGCUCUUUAACCAACCGUGAUGAGUGCCUCGCCUGUGGAAGCUAAAGAAGCCCACAACACACCAGACAAGUGUUUCUAAAAUGAAUGGUAUUUAGUGGGUAGGGGUUAUAUAUAAUAUGAUAUAGUAUAGUAUGCAUGCAUUCAUGUAAGUAAAGAUGGAUUGAUAAUGGUGUUUAUUACUUCUUCAUGUUAUUUCAUAUAUAUAUAUCUUCACUCUCUGUCUGUUCUUUAGUGUGUUUUA